CGCUGUCGCCGCAGUCGGGGCGCGCAGUGCGCCCCGUCGUGUUCUGGAGCUCUCUCGACCGCCCCCGUCGGGCGGGAUGGAAGCGGAUGAGGACCGGGAGGAGCUGGCCCGGCUGCGCUCAGUCUUUGCCGCCUGCGAUGCGAACCGCUCUGGGCGCCUGGAGCGUGAGGAGUUCAGCGCGUUGUGCGCGGAGCUGCGCGUGCGGCCGGCCGACGCGGAGGCUGUGUUCCAGCGGCUGGACUCCAACCGGGACGGCGCCAUCACCUUUCAGGAGUUCGCGCGCGGCUUCCGCGGGGCCCGCCGCGGGGGGCGGCGCCGGGGCUGCGGGCUGCGGGAGCCCGCGUUCUCCGAGUCCCGGGCUGGGUCCGACCCCGGGGACAGCGAGGAGGACGAAGGCGACGAGGAGGUGGCAGCGGCAGCUCUGGCAGCUCCCUGGGGAGCGGUGGGCCCCAGCCAGGCUUGGCAGGACUUCCAGACGAGACUCGGGGACGAGGCCAAGUUCAUCCCCAGGAAAGAACAAGUUAGUACCUUGUAUCAAAAUAUCAACCUUGUGGAGCCAAGAUUGAUUCAGCCGUAUGAACAUGUUAUAAAGAACUUCAUCCGUGAGAUCAAGCUUCAAAGCACAGAAAUGGAAAACCUGGCCAUUGCAGUGAAGAGAGCCCAGGACAAGGCAGCCAUGCAGUUGAGUGAGUUGGAAGAGGAGAUGGAUCAGAGGAUUCAGGCUGCAGAACACAAGACACGGAAAGACGAAAAACGCAAAGCUGAGGAAGCCCUCAGUGACCUCAGGCGUCAGUAUGAAACAGAAGUAGGAGAUCUACAGGUGACAAUAAAGAAGCUGAAAAAGCUAGAAGAACAAUCAAAACAUGUAAGUCAAAAAGAAGAUGUGGCUGCAUUAAAGAAACAAAUUUAUGAUUUAUCAAUGGAAAAUCAGAAAGUUAAGAAAGAUCUUUUAGAAGCACAGACGAACAUAGCCUUUCUUCAGAGUGAAUUAGAUGCAUUGAAAAGUGAUUAUGCUGAUCAGAGUCUGAAUUCUGAAAGGGAUCUGGAAAUAAUCCGAGAGUACACGGAAGAUCGAAAUAGCCUUGAGAGGCAAAUUGAAAUACUCCAAACAGCUAACCGGAAACUGCAUGACAGUAAUGAUGGCCUAAGGAGUGCCCUGGAAAGCACUUACAGCAAGUUCAACAGAUCCUUGCGUAUAAAUAAUAUAUCACCAGGGAAUACGAUUUCUAGGAGCAGCCCCAAAUUUAAUGGUCAUUCUCCUCAACCUCCGGGCUACGACAGGUCAUCCCGCUCCUCCUACGUGGAUGAGGACUGUGACUCGUUGGCCCUCUGUGAUCCUAUGCAGAGGAUGAAUUGUGAAGUUGACAGCCUGCCUGAGAGCUGCUUUGACAGCGGCUUGUCCACCCUGAGAGAUUCCAAUGAGUACGACUCGGAGGUGGAAUACAAACACCAGAGGGCAUUUCAGAGGUCACAUGGCACGCAGGAGAGCUUUGCGGGGGAUGCUUCAGACACAGACGUUCCUGAUAUAAAGGAUGAAGAGACAUAUGGUUCAGAAGGCAUGGCUUCCGUCUUAGACUGGAAGCCCCAGGGGUCUGCUAGUGAAGGCAGCGUUGCUGGUGUUUCAAGAAAGCCCAUCUUGGCACUUUCACCCCAGACAGACCUGGUGGAUGAUGACAAACCUUCCAGCUCACAGAAGGUUUACAAGAUUGUGCUUGCUGGGGAUGCUGCCGUGGGGAAGUCUAGUUUCCUCAUGAGACUUUGCAAGAAUGAAUUUCGAGGAAAUACAAGUGCCACCCUGGGAGUUGAUUUUCAGAUGAAAACUCUCAUUGUUGAUGGAGAGCAAACGGUUCUGCAGCUCUGGGAUACAGCCGGCCAGGAGAGAUUCAGAAGUAUUGCCAAGUCCUACUUCAGAAGAGCAGAUGGUGUUUUGCUGCUGUAUGAUGUUACGUAUGAGAAAAGCUUCCUUAAUGUACGAGAAUGGGUAGAUAUGAUUGAGGACGCAACCAACGAGAGUAUUCCUAUCAUGUUGGUGGGAAACAAAGCUGAUCUCCGUGACACUGCUGCUGCAGAGGGACAGAAAUGUGUCCCGGGAUACUUUGGAGAAAAACUGGCCAUGACCUAUGGGGCUUUGUUCUGCGAAACAAGUGCCAAAGAUGGUUCGAAUAUAGUGGAAGCUGUUCUCCAUCUUGCCCGGGAAGUGAAAAAAAGAACUGAUGAGGAUGACAGCAAAUCUAUCACAAACCUGACUGGAAGCAGUUCCAAACAGUCAAGCCAUAUGAAGAAUUGUUGCAAGGGUUGAACCCAAAACACCGUGGCCUAAGAAGUCUUCGUUUCCGGAGUACAGAACUUGUGGGACUUGCUUGUGCAGCCUACAGACACUCUCAUACGAACUGUGUUCUUCAGUCCCACCGCAACCUUGGCUCUUCUUUGCUGCGUUUCCAUGAAUAGUUUGGGCUCCCUGGUUAAAUAUGCUUGUCCUUACAGAGUCUUAAAGAUAAGGUGUAAAUGUUUCUAAGUGCUAAAAAAUCACAUGCUCAGAUCAAGGCUGUAGAAGACACUCUUGGAUGUAAUUAGAUUCAUGUGGUAGCUGAUGUAACCUAUGACCACAUUUCCUAUAAACAGUUAAUACUCGAGUACUAGUAAAAAGGGGUUAUCAUCCUAGCUUUGCUGUUACCUAGGCUUGUGGUCUUGGACAUGUCCUUGUAGGCGUUGGCCCUGGCCCUGGCCCUCACUCACAUUCUGUAGUACAUUUUUUUUUUGGCAGUGGGAAGGAGAGUGUAACAGCUUAUGAUUAAUAAGGACUCUGGUUGUUUGUACUUUUAAAAUGUUGGAGUAUUGACUUUUCUCACUUCAGAAACAAGAACAGAAUUUAACUGAGAAAAGUGGUAAUUUUCAGGCUUCAGUGGAGACAGAAAAAUCUAUUUUUCUAUGCAUGGAGAAGAAAACAUUUUUGUGACAAAAAUAGUUUUAUAUAAAAGAAGGUAUUUUAUAGUCUCAGAAUACUUA